AGUUGGCGGAGUCACCCACGGAGCAAUAGGCAAGUGGGAGACACGCACGCACGCACGCACGCAGGGACACAGCAUGGAUGCGACGAGUGUGUGCAACAGCAGAUCAGGUUGUCCUGCCUCCGACAGAUGCUUCACGGGACGCUGAGGACGAGGACGGGCUGAGCGGACGAGGGAGUGAACAACAACUAUGUCAGUCUCCAUGGUAACGGACCCGCCUGUCGACUGGUCGCUGGUCUCCGUGACCCCGGCGGGCACGAACGCCACAGGGUGGGAGCGCGACACUCUGCUGGCGGUGGCCGAGGUGGUGAUGCUGGCGGUCAUCCUGGUGAUGGCGCUGCUCGGCAACGGGCUGGUGCUGGUGGUGUUGCUACGGCGACGGCGACACCACAACCCGCUGCACCAGUUCAUGCUCAACCUCUGUCUGGCCGACCUGGUGGUGGCCCUGUUCCAGGUGUUGCCUCAGCUGGUCUGGGACGUCAAGGGCCGCUUCCCUGGCCCCGACUUCCUGUGUCGCCUGGUGAAGUACCUGCAGGUCCUCGGGAUGUUCGCUUCCUCCUACAUGAUCGUGGCCAUGACGAUGGACCGCCACUACGCAAUCUGCUGCCCCCUGCAGGCGCACCGCAGCGGGGCCACCCAGCGCUGGAACACCUUCCUGCUGCUGGCCUGGGGGCUGUCGCUGCUGCUCAGCCUGCCACAGGUUUUCAUCUUCUCCCGUUCAGAGGUAGCUCCAGGAGUGUAUGAGUGCUGGGGCAACUUUGCCGAGUCCUGGGGCCUCAAAGCCUACGUGACCUGGAUGACCCUGGCUGUCUUCAUCCUCCCCGUCCUCACCAUCACCGUCUGCCAGGUGCGAAUCUUCAAGGAGAUCCACAACAGUUUGUACCUGAAGUCGGAGCGCCGCCUGUCCCCCGCCUCCCUCCCUCCGUCCAGACGGGACAGCCAGAGAGGCGGCAGCAGGGGGGCGUCCAGUCUCUCCCUGUAUGUUUCCCCCCUCACGUACAACAACCCCGUUGGCCACACCAGCUCUGAACCCGGCUCCACGUAUCAGCAUCUGCCGAUGGGACCGCUCAGGUCCAGCAGCAUCAAUUCACACUGUGAUCAUCACACCUACACGGCUGAUCAUCGUGCCGAGCUGCAGCCCGAGGUGCUGCCCGACCCUGUGGCGCCCUCUGCUGUCGGCCCCCCCCUGCCCAAGGCCCCCGCCGCCCGCGGUGGAGAGGUGUCAGCGGCCAUGUCGAAGACCGUGAGGAUGACCCUGGUCAUCGUGGUCGUCUACUCGCUCUGCUGGGCCCCGUUUUUUUGUGUGCAGCUGUGGGCCGCCUGGGACCCCAACCCUCCACGGAACGGUGUGGUGUUCACCUUGCUGAUGCUGUUGGCCAGUCUGAACUCGUGCACCAACCCCUGGAUCUACUCGGCCUUCUCCAGCAGCGUCGCUCCGGAGCUCCGUCUGCUGCUGUUCUGUCGCGGCAACACACAGCGACGAGGCUCCAACCCCAGCGAGUCCACGGCCACACACAACUCCAACUACUGAACUACACACACACACACACACACGCACACACACACAGUCAGUGCAACCGCCGCCAUGUCGAACAUCACCGCCCAACAGAGACUGCACCAUCUUGUGUAGAACACAAAACGAGAAUAACUAACGUUUCCACAUUUGUGAACAUUUGUUAAUAAAGGAAUAAGUCAGUUGGACACUUUUGUGAAUCACAAAUGAGGGAUAGAUGAAGAGAAAACAUUAGUUACAUGACGGAAGCUAUGGCUAUAGGACGAGGUUAGCUUAGCGUGAAGUUAGCAUGAAGAGAGGAAAUCAGCUAGCCUGCCUGGCGCCGUCUUAAAGUCACACUUUUUUAAAAAUGUAUGACUUGAAUGAACAGGAUUUAACAUGUUGAUUAGUGAGAUGUAAACAUUUUUAAAACAGAUUUGGCUUUUUAAUUUUUUUUUAACAGUGCCAUAUAAGUGCUUUCCAGUCUUAAUGCUAAGCUAACUGGCAGCUAGCAGCAAGGUAGCCUCCCUCUAUAGGACAGGAAGCAAAUUAAUAUUUCCCAGUGUCCUUAAAGACUCCUGUAAUAAACCUUUGUGUAAAUAUGAUAAACGUAUCCGUGUGAUUUUUGUCCUUUCUUCCAAAGUUUUCGACACAACAAAACAAAACGCAAGGA